UCAAAGGAUGUCUAAAGAUUAAAUAUCUUUUUGGACAUUCUUAACAUUUACUGAAAGUUAUUACAUUAAGGGAUUUUAUUUGUGAACGUUUCUUGUACAAAAUUGUUGGACGACCAAUGAACGACAUAACCUCAAAUGCUAUUAUCUGCUAUUAUUUAUCUUCUUCGGACGAACCGGAAAAGCAGACAAGAUGCCGUGCAAAACCAUCUGAUCAGAGUAAUGAACACAAAUUUAAAGUCGUGAUGGAAUUGCAUGGAUUGUAACAUUUCGUUAUUUCUUCGCAAGAAAACGUAGCUUUCAAAAGAAAGUAUAAUUCUGUAUAACAUUACCUACUUAUUGUGUGCUCAAUUUGUUGGAAAAUUCAGAGAGAUGAACUUGAAGCACUUUUUGAGGUUAUGUACAACCGGCAAACCUGUUAUUCGUGCAGGAUGCAGACUUUACUCAAACAGAAAUAUUUUAAAGCUCAGCGAAAGAGGCAUGUUUGAGGAUAUAUUUCCUGACACCAGUGCGGAUGAGAUAAUAAAUUUAUUCAAUAAAUCACCACAACGUGUAUAUGCUGGGUUCGAUCCAACUGCAGAGAGUCUGCAUAUUGGAAACCUAUUAAUUGUGAUGAAUCUUUUACAUUGGCAAAGAUCGGGUCAUGAUGUAAUAGCCUUGAUAGGUGGUGCAACAGGGCUGAUAGGUGAUCCCAGUCACAGAACAACGGAGCGCCCUGAACUAGCUGAGGCUUUGGUAAGGAGUAACGUAGAGAGUAUCAAAGAUAACCUGCAAACGAUAUUCAAAAAUCAUGAACAAUUCUUCUGGAGAGAAGGCAGAUUGAAACCAGUGAAGUUUGUAAAUAAUUUAGAUUGGUAUCGUAAUAUCAAUGUUGUGGAGUUUAUUAGGACCAUUGGUAAACACCUUCGCCUUGGGACAAUGCUGAGCAGAACGUCGGUUAAGACAAGAUUGCAAUCUGAGACUGGGAUGAACUUUACCGAGUUCACAUACCAAGUAUUCCAAGCUUACGAUUGGUUAUAUCUGUUAAAUGAAUAUAAUUGUCGAUUCCAAAUAGGUGGCAAUGAUCAAAUGGGCAAUAUGAAAUCUGGUCAUGACCUGAUUGGCAGGGUGAAAAACGCUAAUGUCUAUGCAUUGACGUUGCCACUGAUCACAACCGAAGGUGGUAAAAAGUAUGGCAAGUCGGAAAGAAAUGCUGUAUGGUUAUCUCCAAAAAAAUCAUCAAGCUUUCAAUUCUAUCAGUUCUUUGUUAGAACUCCGGACUCUGAUGUGGAGAAAUUGCUGAAGCUGUACACUUUUUUACCACUUCGCGAAAUCGCUGAAAUUGUCGCUGCGCACAAAACAUCUCCAGAGAAGCGAGAAGCUCAAAAGGUACUUGCAGAGCAAGUUACUUUACUUGUCCAUGGAGAGGAAGGAUUACAAGCUGCAUUGCAAGCAUCAGCGGUAUUAUAUGACAGAUCAAUCGAGUCACUUUGUAAACUUAAUGCAGAAGAACUGGUCCAGGUGUUCGAAGGUGCAAGCAUGGUGGACUUAAUGCCCGAGCCUGGUCUAACAGCGUACGAGUUGGCAAUGAAAGCAAACUGUUUUAAAACUGACCACGAUGCAAUGAGAAUUAUUAAUGCUGGGGGAUUUUACAUUAAUCACCAAAAGAUUACUAAUGUGAAUGAAGCUAUUACACCUGGAAUACACGUAUUGCCUAACAAAGUGACAUUAUUGCGAGUUGGGAAAAAAACUUAUCACGUCGUCAGAUGGUUUGCGUAGUACAGUGAUGCGUACUACUUUGACUAUGUACAGUGAAUCUACAAAAAAUAAGACUAUGAUAGAUAAAAAUAAAUACUUCUAAUAUUUCAAUUUAACUUUGAUGUUUUAUCACAGCUGAAUUGAUUUUGUUUAAAUGAAUUAAAUGAAUUUAUACCCUUG